AUGGACAACCUCGCGAGAAGCGAUGCACCCUUGGAAUUGCGCGUGGAGAAAGACUCUUCCACGGACGGGGUUCUUCGAACAGACGGAGGAAUAGACCCUGAGAACGAAGUGAAAGGCCCCAAGCUAUUUCUUCUUCACCUUGGUCUCUGCCUCUGCACCUUCCUGGUUGGCUUGGACUUCAACUUGAUCGCAACGGCAAUUCCAGUCAUUACUUCGGACUUCCAUUCAAUCGGAGAUGUGGGUUGGUAUGGAAGCGCGUUCUUCAUUUCACUAUGUUCCGGCCAACCCGUUGCUGGCAAAACCUACAGCUUGUUUUCGAUAAAGGUUGCCUACUUGAGCUAUGUUGCUCUGUUUGAGGUCGGGAGUUUAGUAUGUGCGCUUGCUCCGUCAUCCCCAGUCCUCAUAGUGGGAAGGGCUAUUGCUGGCCUAGGAGUUUCCGGGAACUUUGCUGGUGGAUUGGUUAUCUUGACUACCGUGAUCCCGCUUCACAAGCGGGCAGUCUGGACUGGAACUCUAAACUCGACCUUUGCCAUUGCAAGCAUUGUCGGGCCCAUUCUCGGAGGAGCACUUACCCAACAUGUUACAUGGCGGUGGUGUUUCUACAUCAAUCUCCCUAUCGCCGGAUUCUCUGCCAUCGUUAUACUGUUAUUUUUCCACGUCAAAAGGACUCCCACCGAGAGUAUACCCUUGGGGAUAAAAUUACGGAGUUUGGAUGGUGUUGGCUUUUUGCUCUUUGCUGGCUCUGUUAGCAUGCUGCUAAUCGCACUACAAUUUGGUGGGACCAGACAGGAAUACACCUGGCACUCGGCAAAUAUCAUUGGAUUAUUCGCAGGUGCUGGGGCAGUGAUGUGCAUAUUUGUUGGAUGGCAAUGUCAUAUGGAGGAAGCAGCUUUGAUUUCUCCCCGACUGUUCACCUCUAGCAGAAACGUCUCUCUUAUUUGUGCUUCUGCCUUCUUCGCAAAUGGAGCGUUCCAAUGUAUCAUAUACUGGCUUACAAUCUGGUUCCAAGCUGUUCUUGGGGCUUCCCCAACCUCAAGUGGUGUCAGGUACUUGCCCACCGUCAUAUCGGACGUCCUUACCUCCUUAAUCGCAGCGGGUCUGGUGAACAAGCUAGGAUGGUGGAGCCCUUUCCUUAUUUUUGGCACCGCAAUGGUAUCACUUGGUGGUGGGCUUUUGACGACUCUGCAUCCUUCUAUAUCCGAUGGUCAUUGGAUAGGAUUCCAGGUUUUAGGCGGCAUUGGAUAUUCUCUUACGUCACCAUGGUCAGGUCUACCGUGCACGUUCUCGUGCCUGUGGGUGCGACCACCCUUCUCUUCGUCAUCUCCGCAAGCUGUGCCAUAUUUCUGGCUAUUGUCUUCCAAGCCCAGCUCAAGAAAGAACUUGCCGAUGUCGCUUCUUCGGCCCUCGCCAAUGAUGUGAUAUCCGAGGGGCUUCGGGAUGGCGCUCUAUUGUCCCCUCUACGGAGAUCCCAGUGGUCAUUUCUGCAUACAGCACCGCUGUGACGCGAGUAUUUGUACGGUUGCCGUUGCCUCUAUUAAAUUCUGACGAGCUGACAUGGGUUACCUAGUAUUUAACAGCAGCGGCACCAGUCCUAUGGUUUUUAUUGGUUUCUUGCACGCGAUGGACAUUAACAAAGGAUCCGAGAGCGAAGGAAGAAAGCUUAAGAGAGGAAAGUGCUUAGCUUAAGGAGUGCCUGCCAGUAUCGAUCACUACUCGCCUCGGAAUAGUGUACCAGCUUUGGGACAUAAAAUGGCUCAUUCCUUCAGCGUCUACGGCAAACAUGAGCUAUACUAUGUCAUGACUGAUAAAG